CUCAACCCCCCGCCGCGCCUCGUCUGCAAUCAACUCCUCCGCCCCGCCCAGGCGGGGCACAGACUGGUGCUUGUGUUAGGAGACCUCCACAUUCCACAUCGGUGCAACAGCCUCCCAGCUAAGUUCAAAAAACUGCUGGUUCCAGGAAAGAUCCAACACAUCCUCUGCACUGGAAACCUCUGCACCAAGGAGACCUAUGAUUACCUCAAAACCUUGGCUGGGGAUGUUCACGUUGUUAGAGGGGAUUUUGAUGAGAACCUGAAUUAUCCAGAGCAGAAAGUUGUAACUGUUGGACAGUUCAAAAUUGGGCUGAUCCACGGCCAUCAGGUUAUUCCAUGGGGUGAUGUGGCCAGCCUGGCAUUGCUACAAAGGCAGUUUGAUGUGGACAUUUUAAUUUCGGGGCAUACACACAAGUUUGAGGCAUUUGAGCAUGAAAACAAGUUCUAUAUCAACCCAGGCUCAGCUACAGGAGCUUAUCAUGCCUUGGAGAACAACAUCAUUCCUUCCUUUGUGCUGAUGGAUAUCCAAGCUUCCACAGUAGUAACCUAUGUGUAUCAGCUAAUUGGAGAUGAUGUGAAAGUAGAAAGAAUCGAGUACAAAAAAUCCUAGGACAGCUUCACGUGGCUGGUGCCUCUUAUCAACUCAUUCCAGAGCUGCAAACUACUUGCAAUAUUUGAUUGCUAGUUUAUAGUAUUAAAACACUCACUUGCUAAGUACUUAUAACAAUGUAACUAGCUUAGAGUAGCUUUCAAAUAAUGACACUUGGGUAAUUUCUUAAAAUAUUCUGCUAAAUAGCUAAGUGCACAAUGCUAUAGGAAAUGUGCUUGAGCUUGUUAAAGAACAGCCCUUAAUGUAAUAAAAUUGUUUUCCUUCA